AUGGAAGACACUCAGUUCUACGGUCAUGCCCCCUCAACGGGAGAAGUUAUUGUUGACGGAUUAGCCUCUUUUCUUGGCUCUUUCAUACAAUGGGCAAUGAUGGCUCCAGCCUACCGUGUAACCGUGCUAACAGCUGUUGAGGGUGAAUUGGUGCGGGAAGGACGAUUACCACCGACGGGAUUUGGCGGCGUCUACAAUUGUGUUAAACGUAUUUACAAAAAAGAAGGCAUUCGCUCAUUUUUCCGCGGGUUUUUGGCGGAUGUUUUUCUCGCCGCACCCUCUGCAGUGGCGGAGCAAAUUACAUCAUCUUUGGUAACAGAGAUAUUGGCUUUACUUCCAAAUGAGUUUCUACAGACGAUGCCACCAAUGAUGUAUGUGACGAUUUCUCUACUUUCUACAUCUACUGCCGUUCUCCUCGCCUCACCCGUAACGGGAUUACAUAAUACUAUUGUAACAAACUACAUUGGUGAUAUUAUUGCACCGGAUGGAGUAGAGAAGGAUGAGAAAAAUGAAAAGGUUAAUGGUGAAGAUAAGGAAGAGGAUGAGGAAAAGAAAGAGUCCUAUAAGUAUACAUCCCCAACAGAAACAGCAAAAGAUAUUCGUAAACGAUGUGGAUUUGGUGGUUUUUACCGUGCCUUUGGUCUGGAUUCUAUGGCAGUAUUUCUCUACCGGGGUACAUAUUACUAUGCACUGCAUGUAUUGCCCACAGCAGUACAUGAGCGGUAUCCUUUUGCUGUAGCUCGAAGCCUGGCUAUUGUUGCUGGUUUCGUCACACAACCUUUUGAAGUCGUCAGUCGUCGCAUGCAACUCACCGCAUCAUCGAAAACACAUGGAUAUAAAAAUAUGGUAGACUGCGCUCGCACUAUUGUAACAGAGGAGGGUUACACCGCAUUGUGGUCAGGUCUGCGUGCACGGUUGCUGGUGACAUGUGUGGGAAUGGCUGUCGUUGAAUUGCGCCGUCUUUUUUAA